AUGUUUACAAGCAGAUGUGAUAGGCAGACGCCCCCUUCUGCCGCCUCCAUCAGCUGCCGACACUUGAUUCAGCACACCUUCAAACGCUUGGUCGGCCGCUUCAAUGAAAGGGCAAUCUCAUCAACAAAUCAAAACUCUCCGAAGGAGCAUGUGGCAGUAAAAUUUCGCUACCCAGAGCUCUGGGCAACACGUACGACACUCCACCUAACACAAAACACACAUUUCCUUUUCUCACCCACCCUCUACCCCCGGCUCAGUUUAAACUACUAA